GCUCAACGUGCGCUCUUCGAUUGCAUUAACAACUCCUCCGAGUCCUACCGUCGUCACUCGUUACCUUCGCUUCUUGUAAAUGUUGCAAUGGCUGUGAACGGCCACCGGCACUCAACAUCGGUGUCUCAAGCCCAAAAUCACAAAGCUCAGCUCGCCAACGCUUAUAAUGAACUCGGGAAGGAGCUUUCAUCCCAGAAGAUUCGGGUAGUUGGGAACUACACACUAGGGAAGGUCAUCGGCGAAGGGACGUACGGUAAAGUGCGUCUCGGAGUGCACCGCUUGACCGGAACCCGUGUCGCCAUCAAGCAGAUCCCGAAAGCAAUGUCCGCCUCCUUAACACGAGAGAUACACCACCACCGCCAGCUUCAUCACCCUCACAUCACUCAGUUAUACGAGGUCAUUGCAACCGAAUCCAACAUAUGGCUUGUCACGGAGCUCUGUUCCGGGGGCGAGCUAUUCGAUUUCCUCGCGGAGAAGGGCAGGCUCAACGAGGAGGAAGCGCGCGUCAUAUUCGGCCAGCUAUGCCUCGCGGUUGCCUACGUGCACUCCAAGGGCAUCGUCCACCGCGAUCUCAAGCUCGAGAACGUCCUACUUGACGAGCACUGCCGUUUGAAGCUCGGAGACUUCGGCUUUACACGCGAAUUCGAGCGCGGAAUCCUGCUGGAGACGUUUUGCGGGACAACAGGAUAUGCGUCUCCGGAGAUGCUCAUGGCCAAGAAGUACCUCGGUCCAGAAGUCGACGUAUGGUCCCUCGGAGUGAUACUCUACACCCUCUUGACUGGUACGCUGCCCUUCGACGACGACGACGAGAAUGUGAUGAAAGAGAAGGUCAUCCGAGGAGAGUUUGAGGAUCCAGAGUGGUUGUCGGAUGAACCUCGCGACUUGCUCCAGUCGAUCCUGCAAACCGACCCCGACAAGCGCGCAACGAUCGCUCAAAUACUCGCACAUCCCUGGUUCACCCAAGGGACUGCCUUACCCGUCGAUCCCACUGCCUCGCAGACGAGCCUUGCUAUUCCAUCACGGCCUGCGUCUGCCCCCUUAGUCCGACCGCCGUCACAGCUGAACUCGGCAGUUUCAGGGUCCACCUACCACUCUGCCUCUUCAGAAUUCCCUACGACGUCGCCCACAACGCCAGAUGACUCUACAAAUGACCUGUUCUCACAGGACACCGAAACGCCUCGGAAGAGUGCUGACAUCAUGCGAGACGUCGACCAGUCCCUCGAUGACAGUUUGGAGCAGACGCCGUCCCGCCCUCCCAUACAGAGACAAGGAUCCAGUGUCAUGUCGAGCUCAUCCAAGGUACCGCCGGUGUUACCCACCCGUACUCCAGCGCGCACCAAGAGACGUUCGGUAUCCUCGACGUUGUCUGAUCCCACGACGCCUACGUUCGACAAGUCUUCUGCACCUGUCCUCCCGCAAGAUUUCUCUUCUGUACUCAACACGCCGGCUCCGAUCAUCUUCUCGACACCCCUCGAGCGUGACCUCCUGAACUCAAUGAGUGCGCUGGGGCUCGACGCCGCUCAAAUCGUCCAUUCCGUCCUGAGCGACGCCUGCGAUGCUACGGGUGCGCUUUGGUGGAUGCUGAAGCGCAAGGCAGAGAGGCGCGUGUUGGAGGAAGGCGUGAAGCCUAUGACCGAACUCGUCGAGUCCUCAGACGAGGUCAAGUCUGCGGGCGAACUGAAGCAUGGACGACGGGAAGAGGAACGGAAACAAGAGCGUGCCAACGACAAGGACAGCGGCGAGCGCCGUUCCCGCGAGACACCGGCCAGGAAUUCCAUACCUACCGCGCUCGCACAGGCCGUCUCCGCCCCUGAACUGCAGUUGAUCCCUCCUACGCCCAUUGCGGCUACCACAGUUCGUCCAAGGACCCCUCCGAGGGCGAAGUCUCCUACCGAUGCACUGUUGUCGCCGACGCCGUCCAUGGCGGACAUAUCAAUUCGCUCUGGCCCAUCUACUCCUGGUAGUAGUAUGAAGGACAAAGAAAAGGAUCAAGGAUCGAGGGGCAGGAAGGCGCGUUCGGGGAGCGUGAGCAUCAUGCAACGCGCGACGACUGCACUGGAGGCAGCAGGGCUGGUACGGAAGAAGUCAUCGGAGGGUGUGCGAGACAGUGCAGACAGGCGGCCAGCCACCGCCGAGGAGCCUCGAGCAUCGCACGGCAGCGCCUCGAGUAGGCUGUUGAAAAGCCCGCCUCUGAAGCCCAAGGACGCAGGAGUACCGACUACGCCUCCGCCAUCCACCAGCACUGUGAACGUGCAGGCUGAAACCGGCUCUCCGUGGGUCAUGGCCGGUGCCAGGUCAUCGCCUCCUCCCAAUGGAACCGACUCACCGCGAGAUACACUUUCUGCCCUUCCGAACAUCACAGGAAACAAAGGCCUCGGUGCGAGCCGCAAUCGCGCAAGCCUAUUGUCGGCAUUCCGUAUGUGGUUCAAGGAAGAUCCGAAAGGCAAGCGCAAGGAAGAGCCCGUAUUGACCUCGCAGAGUAUGGCACAGAAUCGCCAGCUCAACAGUCCGGGUCCUUCAACCCCCAUAGCUGGGCGAGGUCGAGGAACCGUCAAGCGACGAGCCAGCGGGAACCGAGGCAAGUUGUCCUCAGGUAGGAACGCGAACAACCGCGCCAAGCGGGCAUCGGCGUCAUCACGGCGGUCGAGUAGUGUCAAUUCGAAGCGUUCUUCUGUACAGUCUGCGCAGUUCCCGACCUUCGACUCACCUGGAUACACCGAUGUCACGCGACGGAGGAGCGACGCGAGCCGACGGUCGUUCGGUAGCCAUACGCCGAACUCGGAGCGAGAAGAGUACGUCUCGCGGCCGUCGUCCGUACAGAGCUUCAUGGGACAUCGGCAUCGGAAGUCGCCCUCCGCUAGCUCAGCGGGCUCGAUGCAUCCUGGGCGCACGGCGUCACCACUGCCGAAGUACCAUCGAAGAGGGGGAUCCGGUUCCUCUACGCGUGUUGUCAGGCAGACUCAUGCACCACCACCACACAUAGGGCACCUCCGCUCAAAUUCUGCGUCUUCAGCGCACUCACUGACGUCCUCGCGGCCCGGGUCGAUAUACGACUUUAGCGAGAGCGAGAGCAGGCGGAACAGCUCGCCGAACCGUCCGCCCGGCCGACGCUCUCUCGAGGAGAGCCAGACCCCGCGGCGACAACAUGCUCCAACCUCCUUCGUCGCGCGCAAGCGCGAGACGCCCUUCGGGCACCCGAACAGCAGCGGCACCGGAUACCUCUCCUCGCUCGGCCGUUCGAGCUGGAAGAAGAGCUGGGGACACGAGCCGCCAGGUUGGCAGAACCGCGCGGCGUACUCUGCGAUCGAGGUCCUGGCGGUCUCGCCGCCCGUCGACGGCGCACAGGGCAUUCGGGACGUCUUCUCCGGGCGCGCGUCCCUGACCCUCGGCGAUGAGAGCGACUGGGUCGACGAGGACGAGGAAGGGCCCGGCUUCGCGGGCGGGCUCGGGCAGAUGCCCACUCAUGCGAGCACGAGCACGAGCGUGGGCAUCGCCACGAGCUCGCAGACCACGUACGCGUCGCCGUUCGUACCCCGCGCGCCCGAGGUGCCGAUGCUAUCCGCGCCGCCGAGAGGCCACGCAGGGCGCCAGGGCGGGAAACGCGGGAAUGCGGGGCUUGCGGCUCCGAGUACGAGUGGGCGUGCGCGCAGCAAGGCUGGGAGGUCGCCGAUGGGGCGCACGUCACCCCUGCCUGACUCGUCGUUCGAGCAGACGGAGCAGCAGCGCAGCGGCCGGCGACAGCUGCCCGCGAGCCGCUCGGGCCCCGCGACCAUCCAGGAGGAUGACGAGGGCGAAGAGGAGUAGGGACUCCUACCGUCGGCUCUACGUCAGUAUCGUUAUGGAUGUUAUGUGCAGUAACUUAUGUGCCGGAGUCGCAUCUGAGCCGCGCUGGACGGGCAGCUGCUGUUCCUGUCUUGCCGUGGUUCGCAUUGGCAUUUUUGAUAGCUUUACCCUUCGUUCGAUUCUACGAUACCCCGUUGUUGUCGUGUAUUACCCCCAAUGCAUACUUGCACCUACAUUACCAGGUCGGACCUACGUUUUUCUUAGUUUGUUGGCUGAAACAUAAGCUCUCAUAUCAUGUCUGCUAUGGUCAUCGAUGCAUGAAUUUUGUAGUGUUCUAUGGACGCUCUCCUUGUCAUCAUGGCGUCUGGACGGACCUCGGUCGAGAUAGGCGUGCCUUGAGCUGCCGGACCCCGCGGAUGCAACGUCACCGUCGUUUCGAUGUUGCUCCGGGCCAGUGCAUUCAGUCAUCUUACUUGACAUCACCCAGCGCAUAGGCGGGCAAUGCGCAGUCAUGCG